GGACGGUAGUAGUGCUUAGGUCGUCCAUUUGAGCUGAGCACCGCAAAAAAGUUAGGUAGUUACUGAAGUGCUGUUAUCAUCUGUAAGGAAGAACAAAACUAUAUAUGAUGAGCCGCUCUUUGCUUCGUUUGCGUCAGUUGUGUUUGCGCUGGGUGCUCGGCACUCGUGGAUGUGCAAAAAAGAUGGCGGCAACAAUGGCGACGAAAUCGUUCACCACCGGUGUUGAUUUGAAAGGCGAAGAAGGUUCCAUUUCCCGCGGUUCAAUCGAAGUAUGCCGGCUCAUGGCCCCUGAUGAUGCUAACAUCGCUGGGAAUGUACAUGGUGGGACUACAUUGAAGGUAAUCGAGGAAGCCGGGCUCAUUCUUGCCACACGCCACUGCAAUAAGAACAACGCGGGCAACAGGCCGGCGUAUGGUACCUUGGCGCGCGUUGAAAGGACAGAUUUUUUACAGCCACUGUACAUUGGAGAAGUCGCAGAAGUUCACGUGCAUUUAGGCUACACAUCAAAGCAUUCUGUGGAAGUAAUGGCAUUUCUUUGGGCUGAAAAUCUCAUAACCGGAAGUCGCCGACUAACGAACCGUGCUUCGAUGUGGUACGUUCCGGUGAUAACAGGAAGUGGCGAAAUGAGGGUCAUACCGGAAGUCCCGGCCAUUGAGUAUGCAAGCCAAGAAGAAGAGGAGAGGGGGAGAGAACGCUACCUGAGACAAAAGAGAGCCAGGCAGGAUAAAGAGGAGCAUUUGAAAAAGGUUUGUAAAUUUCAGAUACCUUAUAACUGACACAAGAUACCUUUGGUCUUAUGCAAAAUAUGGGGUUUCAUUCUCAUCAGGUGCGCAGACACGCACUGUGGUAUUAAAAAGGUAUUUCCCAUGUUAACAAAGCUGUGGUAAAUUUAAUGUGGGGAUAGCUUGCCAUCGAUUGUAGCAUUGUUUCGUGUAUUUUGACAAUGUAUGUAUAAUUCAGCUCAAAUUUCAACUGACAUGUUAGUCCUGGGAUGGGUGAAGGUAAACAGAUAUUUUUUUAUUCUUGACCUUAGAUCCCAUAUUGCAGUUUAGCUGCAUCCCUUUGUUUGAUUAUAUCUAAUGAAGAAUCCUGAUUAGCCUUCUUGUCUUGGGGAGUUGUGUGAAGGGAAGGCAAAAUAAAUGUAUAAUUAUGUUGUAGUUAAUUUUUUAUUUCAGUUAAUUUUUAUUUUUCCAUUGUUUUGGGGUAUGGUAAUAUAUGCUAAUUUAAAACAAAGGAAAAACAAAAAUUAACUGAAAUUAAAAAUUAACUGCAACAUAUAUUUUAUUAUACAUAAACACCAAUGAAAUACCAGGUGAGCUUUUGCGCGGAAACAUGAUUUCUUUACCCUUAUUUUCACAUGUGAAAAGAUCACCAUUGCUAUAGCUACAUAAUAAAUCGUGCCUUUCGCAGAAAAAAAAAAAUUCAGUGAAAUGGUUUGGAAUUUCAUUGGUGUUUAUGUAAUAAAUAGAACGUUACAUGGUUGCUUGGAAAUACAAAAUUUCUCCUCUUGUGUUGAAAAAUGUAUUUCAGCACUUGCAGAGAAAUUUUGUAUCUCCAGCGGCCAUGUAAUAUCCUCCUAUAUUUAAACUAAUAGUAAUAACAGUAAAUAAUGAUAAUGAAAAUGAUAAUGACAAUGAUUAAUGAUAUUAGUAAUAAUAAUUAUGACAAUGAUAAUGAUAAUAAUGGCGAUAAUAAUGAUAAUAGUACAAAAACAAAUGCAAGCUGCACUACUGCUACUCUCACUGUUGUUAUUUUUGCUUAGUUGUUUUAGUUUCUUGCUUCUGUUAAUAGUACAUGUUGUGUUUACAAGAAUUAUUUUAUAUUAAUUCUCUCUGUUUAAAUUCUUUCGCACAAUUAGAUCCAACCACUAUUUGUUACUGACAAAGCAUCUCAGAUGGAGUAUAGAACCUCUACUGGUGAUGUUUCUCACUAUAGUGUUCUCAACUCACAGUCAUCUUUGAUCCACUCUGUACAACCCUCAGAUUGUAUUGAUAAUGGUUAUGUACUUGGAGGUGUCACCAUGAAGUUGAUGGAUGAAGUGGCUGGAAUAGUUGCAUUCCGACAUUGUAGAACAAAUGUUGUGACAGCAUCAAUAGGUAAUACAUAUAUUAAUAUAGCUACCAUGUUAUCAAUAAAAAAUACGGUUGCAGUUAAUAGAGAGCUUUAGAUUUGUGGAUGAGGACGACUGCGAGUAUGAGAUUUAACUUAAAGCUUUUUCACAUAUUCUGGAAAAAUAUUCAAUCCAGCAAGCUCCACUUUAUUGUACUGUUUUUCACCUGAAAUGUUAAUGCAGUUAUUUCUAUUGGAGGAGGUUUAGCCCUUUCCCAGUCCCAAAAUUAAAAAAGUUGAUAACUUGUUCCUGCCACCACGGCAUUCUUGCUAAAACUCAUAGUAGAAUUACGAUGGCUAUGACGUUUUCCCGCCAAAAUGACAUUGGCUCAUAUUGCUUGAGCAUUACUAAGUACUUGUAAAUGCUCAUAGUUAUCCUAGUCUUAGAACCUAAAGCUCUCUAAUAAUUAUCAGAAUGCUUAAUUAAGACACCAAGAGGUACCUGCAGUUUCAUGGUGCGAUUAGAUUAGUAUCUAUCAUAGACGUGGUUUACCAUACAAAUUCUCCUCACUGAUAUCUCCAUUAUAAUUAUAUCACAGAAUGUUUGGAAAAAGUUGAUGAGGGCCAGUAUAAUAGUCUCAGUACAUAAGAGGCUAAGUCAGUUUAAUGCUGCACUUACGUUAGAGUUGUACGUUAUGCUUUGCUUUUAUUUGCUCUUUUUUUGUUUAACACAUUUUUUAGAUUCUUUUCUUUAGAGGUACAAUGCAUUGUAACUAAAAUUAAUUAAUUGGCAAGUCAGUUGUAGAUAUUUCCAAUAAUAAAUUAUAAGCUUGAUAUCAUCCAUUUUAUAUUUAUAUUUAUGUUUGCAUAUUGUUACUGACUUCUGUAGUAGGUUAUUAGAACCAAGGCAUGCAUCCACUUUUGUUAAAGUGCAGACUUACUAAGAAAUUUUGGAUUAUAUAGCCCUCAACAAUAUCAUGCAUUUAUCAGUCAAUCACUGUCUUAAUGCUAAAGGUACAUGUAAUCUUCAGUUAUUCUCUUUCUUCCUGAAUUUUUAAUUUGUCAACAGAUGCAAUUGACUUUCAUGCACCAGUGAAGCUAGGUCAUGUAAUACAUUUGGCUGGAAGAGCAACUUUUACCAGCAGUCGUUCAAUGGAGAUAGAAGUUAUUGUUGAUUCGAAAGAUUAUGUAUCAGGUAUAGCUCUUUAGUGUCAAUAGGCCUACAAUGACCCCCACCCCCACCAAAAAGAAAAAAAUAAUAAUAAUAGUAAUAAUGAUGAUAAUAAUAAUAAUAAUAAUAAUAAUAAUAAUAAUAAUAGUAAAUGUCAAAUAAAGACCAAAAAAAAAAAAAAAAAACAGAAAAAAGAUCAGCAAGCAACAAUAACAUCAAGACAAACUAAAAUAUUGAAGGUAAUUAUGGACAGUUGAAAAAAAGGGAAACAAAUACUGUAUUUAAAGGAAAACCUUCAGAGUCAAGAAAGAGCAGCAGGAUCCUUCCUGCUGUCCAUUUAAGGAAGGUGAUGUUUUUAAUAUCCAGUGUUUCAUUGGUGGAUCUCUCGGCUGGCUGGCCUGGGUCUAGUUGUCUGAAACCGAGGCUAGUGAGGCCUCAAGAGUUUUGUUUUGACUCUGGGUUUUAGCAAUUGUGUCCUGGGAUAGGGUUUCCUUCGAGGUGGUUUACCUAGGAAUCGUCAAAAACCAGAGUUAAGAUUUCGAUACUGCCCCAUACAUAUUUUAUAUUACAUUACUAGCCUCGCUUCGGUACAACUAGACCAAGGCCGGCCUAGAGUUCCGCCAUAUUUGCAUCGAUUGUAGAGUUGCCUAUUAUUGCUGAGGAAAGAGAGCCUCCCUAUUCAACUGUCCACUGAAUUUAAUACCUUAAUGUUUUUUGAUCAAUCGAGUUUCACCUAAUAAUACAUAGCAUAUUUCGUUUCGCAUGACUCCUAACGGGUUCGAAAUUUGGAAACAACGUAACUAAAUUUAAUUGUAUCUGAACGUACUUACUGUAGUUUACCGCAAAAUAUACCCUGCUGUUUAUUUUAAUACCAUUUUUUUGUGUUCUUUUUCUUUCUUUCUCUCUGUUUCUCCCUCUUUAUUUACUUAUUUCUUUUUGCUUUCUCUCUUUGUCCUUUUUUUUUCCCGUUGUUGUUGUUGUUUUUUCAGAUUAACUUUUCGCCUCUCUUUUAGAUAAGAGUGUGAGAACGUGCAGUGCGUUUUUUACUUACGUCUCAUUGGAUGCUGAUGGACAGGUCAAAGACAUUCCUCCUCUUGAACUACACACCGAUGAAGAACGAAAGCGGUUUGAGGCUGGAAAGAAAAGAUACCUACACCGCAUAGAAAGUAGAACUAGUUGCAGGUGAAUGGUCCAUUGAACUGUAUGAGUUAAUCUGCUUUGUUUGCUUCUGGCUUCAGCAAAGGGAAGAAUUAGAAACACUUCGGUCCUUUUGCGUGAGUACAGCUAAAUUAUACAGCAUGCUGCAACAGCGGAUUUUUCCCUCGCGCCCGGAGCCCGCCAGAUAGCUGGCUAGCUCGCAGGCUCAGUGAUUUUUUUUUUUCGGCUUAAGAGCAUAAUGUUUUAUAUAGUAAUGUUAGUCAUGGUGGAUUUGUAGUCGCUUUUGUGUCAUAUUUGAGGUUUCAUUUGAAUCAAGGUCAAACGAAACACGUUAUUAAUUUUUUAGGUUAAGCGUUAACCCUUAAACGUAAGACUGAGAGAGAUGCCUAGUUUAAGACUAAAACUAUAAAGCAUUUCAAGCAUGUUGGUAUUAAUUUUAAUUAUUUGUGCGAGAUCUUUGCGUAAUUUUGUUACUGGUGGCGUUUCCAGGGCGUUUCCGUGUCCUCAACUUGACUCGCUACCAAACAAACCAUGGCCUCAUGCGCACUUCGACCUGGUGUAAGCUUGAGCCUAUGCAAGGGUGGCAGAUGAACGUCUGACUACACCAACCAAGUUCUGGUUAUGGUGAUGAUAAUACUGCGUGAUGUGAGCCUGAUUCUUAACGGAUAUGAUAUCGCCAGAAAUCACCAGGGUUAAAGUUGAGACUUUGAUGGAUACUAGAUGGAGAACAGGGACUAGUUUGCUUAAGGCGUUAUCUUGCGUUCCUACGAUUAACCAAUCAUAGCUUCUUAUGACGGCUGAUACUAUUUGUGGCAUGUAUAUACAAUUGUGAUUGUUAAAACAGCCGCUGCCACAUUGGCUAUAAGGUAAUCCACUGGUUUCCUCAUAUUUCAAUCCGUCCACAACACACCAAUGGGUAGCGAGUUACCCGUAAGUGAGACAAGCAUACUGUUAUAAUAGUGUUUGCUAUAAACCGGCUUGAUAGUUGCCGUGGUUGAUCGGACCGAAAGCGAGUUGUAAAUGGUGCUCUUUGGGUGUUAAUCGGGAAAUUGGUUCUUUAAUUUGUGCUCAUACUUUCUUCUGAUCAGCAAUAAUGCAGCGACUGAAUUAUUGUUUCCCUUCCAGAAGUCUUCACACUGUGUGUUUUCCUUUGAUAUCUAUAGCAGAAGAGUAAUAUUUUUGGCUUUUGAAAAUUCAAAAACCCAUCUUAAAUAGAGAGUUAGUUAGGUACGGGUAAAAAAAAAAUGUUUUUAACAUGUUGAGAAAUAUUCUGGCCUCGUCCACAUCUAUUCGUAUUUAUUUACACACUCUUUUUUUCCUUUCGCUGAAAUGGCCUUUCUUUCGUCCAAAAUUAUCUGGUAAAAAAGGAUCACCGGAAAGCAUGUGGUGGCGAUUUUUUAAAACGCCAUCUAGUGUGGACCGAUGAACGGAUGAAAACGGAAAAUUUCUUGCCAGAAAAGAAUCGCUCACUGCCACCUUACGCUUCUAAAGUUUUUUUUUAUUAUUCUCUGAGGUAAACUGAUGUUGAAGCUUGCUUUUUCAGCAUACGAGUUAAUCAGUAUGGGCCCUUUCGCUUCUGCUUUCGAAAAUCAAAGCGUUAUACGACUUAACGACUAUACGAUACCUGCAGGGAGGACGCGAGUGUCAACGUUUUUUGAAAAUUAAAAGAAAAUCUCUUUUCAAAUGAAAGCCGGGUAACGUGUGACGUGUGAAUGGGGUCUCUGGACAGGGCCGUUUUGACUGCCUUGACAUAGGUUUUCUGGGUUAUACUGACUGAUAUAACGACACACGUAUUUUCUCUCUCUUAAUAUCAUUGGUUCACAUAAUUAUCAAGUGUGUAAUGGAAAAUCUUGACUGAAAUUUCGUGGAUGGGUGGCCAAUACGAAUUUUUAUAGGACAAAAUGACUCCUGGUUACAAUUUUUAGCAGUUGGGUUUGUGUAUUACGAAUAAAAGGGCACAAAGUGUAAAGAAAAAGCGCUUUGAGAACAGCUUUACCCUGCAACCGCUCCAACUUUCCUCAGUGACUGUUUCGCUCUCUAGAUCUCUUGCUUAAAACCCGUC